AUGAUCGAAUAAUCCUAAUUUUUUCUAAUACAUUAAUUAGAAAAACAAAUGCAAUAUCUAUACAACUAUCCUCAAUUCGUUGAUGAUUUAGGAUAGAUCAGUUAGGAGCUGAAAAACGAGUUAAUAAAAUUCUUAGGGAAAUAGUCUGUAUUAAAUUUAGUGUUACUAUAGUAGUAAUAACUUUUACAGAAAAUGAAUGUUCUUAAUAAUUAUCUAAUAUCAAAUGAAACUUAAUCAACCAUUUAAGAAUCUAAAUUAGACAGUGUGGUUGUAAUAUCUCAAGGUGAAGAAAAAAUAAAUGAUAAAAAUAUAAUUCGCAAGGAAUGUUUAUUAAGGUAUAGAGCAAAAAAGAAAAUGUGGAUGAAUAGGACUCUUUAUGAAUGUAGAAAAUAAAUAGCAGAUAGACGAUUACGUUUUAAUGGUUAGUUUUUAAAUUGUGAUGAAGAGAAAAAAAUAAUAAAAAUACAUAAAAUUUUAGGGAACCAUUACGUAAGGAUAAAAAAUAAUAACAUCAAAAUAAAUGGCAUAAAAAAAAUAAAACAUUUAAAUAAAGAAUAAAUAUUAGAGAAAAUAGAUAAGCUAUUGCCUUGCGAGAUCAAAAAAAGAAUACAAAAUAAAUAAAUACUGUUUAAAUUACUCUGA